UUUCCCGCUUGUCAUCGACGUGAAGGAGAAAGACGUUUUUACCCUCGCUUGUUUUGCAGAGAGAAAAAAAAAAUAAGAUUUGACACGCAUACAUACAUUUAUUAGGAGAAUUUUUUUUUUUGUCAAACAAUUAUAAAAAACUUUUCAUAUUCUCUUCUCCUCUUUCUCGGCGACUAAAACCAUACUCACUCCAUCACUUUGACGCUGGCAAUAAUGGAUCGACAACCUACUCUCAAAACCUUCCUCCAAAUGAUUCUUCGACCACGUGCACCGUCUCUUCCGCCUGACAAACAAGGCAAGGUCCCUAUUUCUGAAAUUCUCCCUAUUGAAUCUAGCUAUGGAAGUCGUCCAUCUCUAUUUGUCGCAUCCAUCUCUUUUUGUCGGUACUAUGUUAUCUUUGUUGUAUGGUGCUUUCUGAAGGUAUAUUUUUUUUCAUCCAGUGUUGACGACACCUUCAUAGUGGCGACAAACCACCAAGUCAACCUUCUCGGUGGACCCAUCAUAACUCAUGUAAGCCCAAUGGACCAGAUCCAAAGUCCACCCAGAUCUCUUGUCAAUCAGACGGACCAAAUCCACAUCCAACCAAGCUCUCUUUUGGAUCCAACCCAGGUAAUGUCUAGAUAAAUGAUUUUGUCCGUCCAAAAUCUUUUAUUGCUCAUAAGUUAUUUGUUAUUUUGUAUAAGCUUUUGUAGUUCCUUUUGUGCAAUGUACUUCCUUUUCGAUUAUCACUCUUGUUGUACUUUUGUUAAAGUUUGUCUAAUCAUCAUGUCACGAACAUA